AUGGCCAACGCACCUCCCAUCUCGUCGUCGCCGGGGAGGAAAUUGCCGCUGGCUGGGGCCUUCUUCCCUCCGGCGGACCUCUCCGACAUCGCGCUCGUCCGAGCCCUCGCCGCCGUCUCCGCCGACCUCGCCGCCUCUGCAAAUCUCCCCAUGCCUUUCCAACGCCGCAACGCCCGCUCAAUCGUCCGCGCCGUCAAGAUACUCUCCGCCAUCUUUGAGUCCCUCGGCGACGCCUCCACCGCGAGGACGCAACAGCAGCAACAUCUCCCGGCGGCGGCGAACACCUGCUUCAGGGAGCUCUACAUCCUCCUCUACCGGUCGAAGAUCCUCCUGGAUUACUGCGCCCACUCGAGCCGGCUAUGGCUCCUCCUCCAGAACUCCCACAUCUCCGGGCACUUCCACGACCUCACCCAGGAGAUCUCCACCCUCCUCGACGUCCUCCCCCUUCGGGAGUUCGCUUUGGAUGAAGACCUGUGGGAGCAGAUCGAGCUCCUCCACCGGCAGGCCAGGAGGUCGAAGCUCUAUCUUGACCCGCGCGACGAAGCCCUCCGCCUGAAAGUCUCCUCCUUCCUCGACGACUUUGACAAGGAUCAACCCCCGGACAUCUCCGACCUCCGCGAGACCUUCGUCGAGAAGCUGGGCAUCCAGGACGCGAGGUCCUGCUGUGCCGAGAUCGAAUUCCUCGAGGAGAGGAUAUAUUCCCAGGAGGACGACGUGGAUCCGGCGGCGAUCUACGGGGUCAUCGCCCUCACCCGCUACGCCAGAUUCUCCCUCUUCGAAUUCGAGGAGGCAGCGCCACCGGAGGCGGGGAAGGGAUCCGGCGCCGCCCAUUUGAGGAAAUCCAGCAGCGUGAUCUCCCAGAUCGUCCCCAAGGACUUCUGCUGCCCGAUUUCUCUGGACUUGAUGCGAGAUCCGGUGAUCGUCUCCACAGGACAGACCUACGAUCGCUCUUCGAUCGUCCGGUGGAUCGAGGAGGGCCACCGGACCUGCCCCAACUCCGGCCAGACGCUCUCCCACACCCGCCUCGUCCCCAACAGAUCCCUGAGGAACCUCAUCGCCCAGUGGUGCGCCGCCAACGGCGUCCCCUGUGACCCGCCAGCCACACCCGACGGCUCCGCCGAGAGCUUCCUCUCGAGGGCCGUCACCAGAGCCGCCGUGCAGGCGAACCGCGCCACCGCCAGGUUGCUGAUCGUUCAGCUCUCGCGCGGAUCCGAGUACGCCAAGACGGAGUCCGCCUGCGAGCUCCGCAUCCUCACGAGGACCGGGAAGGAGAACCGGCUCUGCGUCGUGGAAGAAGGAGCUAUCCCCCCGCUCCGGCGACUGCUCCGCUCCACCAACCCCGAAACCCAGGUCAACGCCGUCACGGCGAUACUCAAUCUCUCGUUGCCCGACAGGAAUAAAUAUCGGAUUAUGGAGGAACCCGGAUGCUUGAGGUCCAUCGUGGAGGUUUUCCGAGAAGGGUGGACGACGGAGGCGAGGGAGAAUGCAGCGGCGGUGCUGUUUAGCCUCUCCGUGGUGCACGAGUACAAGCUGCUGAUCGCCAGCGAGGAGGGCGCGCUGGAGGCCCUGGCGGCGCUGCUGGCCGGGGGAACGCAGACCGGGAAGAAGGACGCGGUGGCGACGCUGUUCAAUCUGUCGACCCAUCCAGAGACCAGCCUGAGGAUGGUGGAGUCGAAGGCGGUGGCGGCGCUGGUGGCGGCGCUGGCAACGGAGGCGGUGGCGGAGGAGGCUGCCGGCGCGUUGGCGCUGCUGGCGCGGCAGCCCGCCGGAGCCGAGGGCCUCGCCAGGGAGGACAGGGCAUUGGCCGGCCUGGUGGGUCUCAUGCGGCGGGGGAGCCCGCGGGGGAAAGAGAACGCCGUCGCCGCUCUCCUGGAGAUGUGCCGGAGCGGCGGCGUUGCCGUGGCGGAUAGAGUCGCGAGGGCGCCGGCUCUCGGGGGGCUCAUACAGACGCUCUUGUUCACGGGGACGAAGCGGGCCAGGCGGAAGGCGGCGUCCCUCGCCAGAGUCUGCCGCAGGACUGUCCCGUCUCCCCUCUCCGGCGGCUGGGCCUUCGCGCCAACGAUGGCGUCUCAGAGGACGGCAACCAUCUCCACCGUCACCGCCACCGCCGCCGCCAUCACCGACUUCAGCAUCGUCGACUCCGCCACCGCCGUCUCUGGCCCAAUGGCCGUGCCGGCCCUGUAA